UAACUUUUAUUUACAAGCACUUGAAUAAUUUAUUGUUAAUACCAAGAUCAUUGGUUAUCAGUUCGUCACAAUUUCAAUUGAAAUAUUUCCAGUUCAGUGUAUUUUAUUCUUAUACACUUUUUUGGUAGGACAGACAAAUUUUGCAUAAUGAGGACAUUUUACUUUAUAUUUGCAUUUAUUGGUGUUGCUCAAGCGAUUUCCAGUGGUCAUAACACUACAAUUAUGCGACACCAAUGGCAAUUAUCCUUAAGACAUAAAGGAGAACAUUUUUGUGGAGCAUCUCUUAUCUCCAAACAGUGGGCCCUCACUUCUGCCAGCUGUUUGAACCAACACACUUCAGAUCUUUCCGUGCGGGCUGGAUCUGCCAAUCUUACAAGUGGGGGUUACAUAAUAGACGUGGACGAUUUUGUAAUUCAUCCGAAAUACAACAAGAAAACCUAUAACUCUGACAUAGCUCUACUCAAAUUCGCAAAAGAAGUGGAGGGAAGCAAUGUUUCAAUUGCUCUUGUACCUUUCCACGAUACAAGCGAUGUGUCCGAUCAUAAAGGGGUUGCUAUGACUGGUUGGGGUGCUCUUGAACAGGGCGAAAAUUUUACCGAAGUGCUCCAAAUGGGAUAUCCUUCCUCAAUCUCGAGAAGUUCCUGCCAAAUGGCGUACCCGACCAAAAUCAUAUCGUUAAACAUGUUUUGUGCUGGGGUUUACGACGUCCAAAAUAUUACAGCUUGCGAUGGAGAUUUUGGAGGACCUGCCACCUUUACAAAUUGUUUACAAGGGAUAAUUUCGUGGGGAGGACAAUGUGGAAGUUUUCAGAACCCGACAGUUAUGACGAGAGUUGCUGCUUUUAAGGAUUGGAUACUCACUACCACAGGUGCAACAGAUUAUUUGAACUGUCCUCUAGUCUGAGUUCACAUAUUAGACAUAACAUUUAUUUACCAUGAUCAAUAAAUACAUCAGCAUACUUAAUAAAAUUAAAAAUUUUUA